GCGGGAGGCGGAGCGAAGCAGACCGGGAGGGAGCGACCGACCGGGGCCGCUGCCGCCGCCAUGAACCCCGAGUAUGAUUACCUGUUUAAGCUCCUCUUGAUUGGUGAUUCAGGCGUUGGGAAAUCCUGCCUGCUCCUACGGUUUGCUGAUGACACUUAUACCGAGAGCUACAUCAGCACCAUUGGGGUGGACUUCAAGAUCCGUACCAUUGAGCUGGAUGGCAAAACCAUCAAGCUUCAGAUUUGGGACACAGCAGGUCAGGAGCGCUUCCGAACCAUCACAUCCAGCUAUUACCGAGGGGCCCAUGGCAUCAUCGUGGUAUACGACGUCACUGACCAGGAAUCCUAUGCUAACGUCAAACAGUGGCUGGAAGAGAUCAACAGAUAUGCCAGUGAGAACGUCAAUAAGUUGCUGGUGGGCAACAAAAGCGACCUCACCACCAAGAAGGUAGUGGACAACCCCACUGCCAAGGAGUUUGCCGACUCUCUGGGCAUCCCCUUUCUGGAGACGAGCGCGAAGAAUGCCACGAAUGUGGAGCAGGCCUUCAUGACCAUGGCAGCGGAAAUCAAGAAGCGGAUGGGGCCUGGGGCCGCCUCAGGGGGCGAGAGGCCCAACCUCAAGAUCGACAGCAGCCCAGUGAAACCGGCCAGUGGAGGCUGCUGCUAGGUGGCAGCUGGGCCGCCCUGGGGCCUCCUCUUCUCAGAUGAUGCCCCUGAGGCAGAAUGAGGCCCUGGCCAGGCCCUUCUGCCCACAGCUGCUGCGCCUGCCACCACCGCUGCAGCCACCACCACCACCACCACCACCAUCACCACCAUGGGGCAUUUGAUUCUGUGGCUUGUGGGGAGUGAAUUCUCACCCACUCCCAACCCCCCAAACCCCUUCCCAAAGCUCUUGGUAGAUCUGUGCUGCCGGCAGGGGCACCUGUCCCAGCCCCUGUCCUUUCCCUGCGGGGAAGAGGAUUCUGCCUUGUUCCCAGCCUCCCCUCAGAGCUGCAGUGAGUCCUGGGGAGCCAGCCUCCAAUUCCCAGCCCCUGCACCCCAGGAGCAGGGAGCCUUCCGUGUCUCGUUGUCAGAGAUCCGGACCCAAGGCCCAGACUGUGGGGGACCAGGGGCCUAGGGAGGAUGGGCCAGCCUCAGGAGGGAGCAGCCCCAUCGUCUGCCAGCUUCGCCUUCUCCCUGCCCGCACCCCCCCACACACCUCUGCCAACCCCUCCUGGCCUGAGCUUUGAGCUCCAUCCGUCCAGAAUGCCUUGGGGAGGGGGCUCCUGGAGGCUUGCACCAAACCUGAGUGGGUGGGUGGCCGCGGGCAGCUCCCUCUGCCCCUGGCUGCUUUGGCACCUUCCCCCUUCUCUGCCCCAGGAGGCUGUGGAGGUGGAAGGAGGCCCGGAUAGGGGCAGCUCAGGAGCCCGGCUCCCCGUGACCAAACAAGACUCGUUCCCCCCCAUGGCGGCAGCAGGGCCGGCCACCCUUGGCACUUGCCUUGGGCCGGGACAGCCCCCCUUCUCUCUUGCCUUGGCCCCCUCCCGUUCUCCUUUGUCGUGGCCCAUUCCCCAGCCUGCUUGAGUGCUUCUCCGGGGUGGAGGGGGGUGGCCCCUCCCCCAGGGGCUCCUUCAGUCUAGUCUAGCCAUCGGCCACCCCCCUUGUCCAGUGGUCCCCUGGUCAGUGCCACAUAGGCGCGCACGCGCGUGCUCUUGCUUGUAUUGAAGCUGCAGGGUGGGGACCCGGGCGGGCAGCCCCCCUCCCCGUGUGUGCCCCCCUUCCUUUUCAGUCACAUCUUGUCCAGCCUUUCGCUAGGAGAAGCCACUUGGGGGGAGGAACAGGGACAAAAAUAAGCCUCAAUAAAUCUCCAGUGGCCUCGGGAGAGCCCCCGAGGGGUUUUGCAAGGAA